CAGCCAAGGAGCCGAGCAACUACGCGCCGGUCGACCGUUCUGUGGCAAAUAUUCCCUGGAACCGUUAUAGAUGGCCCUCAAAGCGCUGGAUGACAAAUGGGUCGGCGUUGGAUAACAUCAGUUACAUUCGACUGGGCGCCAGCUGUGGAGCUUAAAGACCGCGGUGCUUUCCAUUGCUCACUGGCAUAGCCAAGCCUUAUACGAAGACUAGCUGUAAUCGGAGAAUGCAGGCGAGCGGACAGAACAACCUCAUUUCGCCGGGGCAGGGUCAGAAGAGCGCAAGUCCGGAUGCGGAGGAGGCUCUGCACGAUAAGUCGCAUCUUGCACCUGAGCCAGCAAAAGCUGCGGACGCCCCCCGUUCGCCGACCAGUUCUCCCAAAGUUGGGUCUCAUGAGCUGCCAACCGGAACAUCAGAGCAUGACGCGGCCAAUGCACCUCCCAAACCGAUGUACAGGCCAAGAGCACCCAUUAAGAAGCCCAUUACGUCCGGGAAACCCAAGGGUGCCUGACCUGGAGACAGAGCCUCUACCGCGCAAGAUGUUACCGCGUAUGAAUGUACGAUAGUUGGAAUCUUGGACAUCAAUUCUUCGAUCCGAAUGCCACAGUUGCUAAUUCAGUCGUCUUUAUAAAGUGUGCGGCUCCCAGUCGGUAUUUUAUCCUAAAC